CGCCCUUGUCGGCGUCCAGCAGGCAGUAGUCGUUUGGCUGGGGUUCUGAGCCCCGGGGCCGCUGACCUGUAGCUAAGCUCUGGACAAACGUGUUUCAAAGCAGUUGAGACUGUAAAAUCAAGAAUUUCACUCUCGCAGCGGGAUUUACUAUUUCAAGUUCCUCUUUCUCCUCAGGGCCCACUUCCCAUCUCACUCCUGUCACCAAGAGAAGGUGCUACUUUCUGCUCUCGCCUCUGCAGGAGGAACCCAAGCCCUUAGUGAGAUUAGGUCUAGGAACCUUUCAGGGGCUACAGCCCGCAGCGAGUAAAGUGAGAGUCACGAUCCAGCCCAGCUGCACCACUAGGAGGAUACAGUCGCGGCGGGAGUGGGAGAGGGCUAUCUGGGAUCUGGGUCCCCUCAGGCAGAAGGCAGGGCGUCGGGGUCCCUCUCUCCAGGAGACUGGGGGCGAUAGAGUCCCUUCAGACUGGGGCGUUGGCAUCUCUUCAGGCAGUAGACUGGCAUGGAGGCACUCUCAAGCGAAAGGUGGGAGGGGGUUGUGGUUCCUUCAGACAGUAGGGUGCGAGCAUCCGCGUGCCCUCGGACAAUCCUCGACUCAGGCAGGAGGGAAUCGCAGUGGAAUCACAGGUUCCUGAAGCCUGUGCAGCCGCGCGACCCGCCCGGGAGAAGCCGGUCACCGGGUUGAGCGUGACUGUGUCACGGGGCCAACAGUCGUCGCGGGCGAUUCAGCGGGUCUCUGAAUGCCCGUGGCCACCGACUAGGUGCGGGCGGUGAGUGAGUCGCAACCCUACCCGGUUUUCGGGCUGCGGACCAGACCGGCUGAGCUUUAAGUUUGUUUCCUGACUAGUGUCGAGCCUCUUCUUCAACUGGGAAAAGAAAAAUGGCCCCGUUCAAGAAGUUAAAACUUCUUCUCUGGAAGAACUUCGUCUUAAAGAAGCGGAAGACUCUGGUAACUGUCCUGGAAACGUUGAUGCCAGUACUGUUUUCUGCAAUUGUAUUGUAUCUUCGUUUGAAUAGUAUGCCAAGAAACAAGGCAAACACCAACUACCCGGCAGUCGAUGUCAGCUUACUGCCAGUAUAUUUCCACAACUACCCUCUGAAAAGUAAAUUUCAGUUGGUUUAUAUCCCUUCCAAGAGCGAAACCUUGAAAGCCGUUACUGAAGUGGUGGAGCAAACCUUCGCCGUUGACUUUGAAGUUCUAGGCUUCCCUUCAGUGUCUUUAUUUGAAAACUAUAUCAUUAAGGAUCCCAAGUCUUUCUACGUCCUGGUGGGAAUUGUUUUUCACCAUGACUUCAAUAGCAGCAAUGAACCGUUGCCACUUGUGGUGAAGUAUGACUUGCGCUUCAGUUAUGUCCAGAGGAACUCUAUAUCCCCGCCGAGGCAUCUGUUUUUUCAAGAGGAUAUAGAAGGCUGGUGCACGGCCUUUCUUUACCCUCCCAAUCUAAGCCAAGCACCCCGGGAAUUUUCAUACGCCGAUGGGGGACACCCUGGAUACAACAAAGAAGGCUUCCUGGCAAUACAGCAUGCCGUAGACAAAGCCAUCAUGCUGCACCAUGCUCCCAAAGCAGCACUGGACAUGUUUAAGAAUCUCCAGGUCUCGGUGCAGAGAUUCCCAUCUGGGUCCCAUAUCCAGGACCCCUUCCUAGUGAUCCUUCAGAAUGAGUUCCCUCUGCUCCUCAUGCUCAGCUUCAUCUGUGUUGAGCUCAUAAUCACCAAUUCCAUCUUGUUGGAGAAGGAGAGGAAACAGAAGGAAUAUAUGUAUUUGAUGGGACUGGAGAACUGGCUGCACUGGGUUGCUUGGUUCAUCACGUUCUUCCUUUCCGCCUUAGUUACUGUUUCCGGUAUGACGGUUCUCUUUUGCACAAAGAUGAACGGUGUGGCUGUGUUCAGGAACAGUAACACUACCCUGAUAUUUAUUUUUCUAAUGUGUUUUGCCAUCGCCACAAUUUUCUUUGCAUUCAUGAUGAGCACAUUCUUCCAAAGAGCCCACGUAGGAACUGUGAUAGGCGGCAUCGUCUUCUUCUUCACCUACCUUCCCUACAUGUACAUCACUUUCAGUUACCACCAGCGGACUUACUCCCAGAAGAUACUCUCUUGCCUCUUCUCCAAUGUUGCCAUGGCAAUGGGAGUCCGGUUCAUCUCUCUGUUUGAAGCGGAAGGCACAGGCAUCCAAUGGAGGAACAUGGGCAGCGUCUGGGGCGACUUCAGCUUCACUCAGGUGCUGGUGAUGCUCUUGCUGGACUCCUUCUUGUACUGCCUGGUAGCCUUUUUGGUGGAGUCUCUCUUCCCAAGAAAGAUCGGAAUGCCUAAGUCUUGGUACAUCUUUGCCAAGUGUCCCCUCUGGCGCAAGAAGUCCUUUCCAGUAAUACCGCCACUGUUGGUUAUUGGGGAUCCUGAGAAAACUUCUAAAGGGGACUUCCUGCAGGACGAGCCAGCAGGUCACAUAAACGCCAUCGAGAUCCAGCAUCUGUAUAAGGUGUUCUAUACAGGAAGGAGUAAAUGCAUAGCUGUCAAAGAUCUGAGCAUGAACCUGUACAAGGGACAGAUCACAGUUCUUCUGGGACACAAUGGAGCAGGAAAAACUACUGUCUGCUCCGUUCUGACAGGUCUUAUUCCUCCUUCAAAAGGACACGCGUAUAUCCAUGGCUGUGAGAUCUCGAAAGACAUGGUUCGGAUCAGGAAGAACGUGGGCUGGUGCCCACAGCAUGACAUCUUGUUUGAUAACUUCACGGUAACCGACCAUCUUUAUUUCUACGGUCAGUUGAAAGGCCUGUCUCACCAGGACUGUCAUGAGAAAAUAGAGGAGAUGCUGCACACCCUCGGGCUGGAGGACAAGCGGAACUCAAGGUCCAAGUUCCUGAGCGGGGGGAUUAAGCGCAAGCUCGCCAUCGGCAUCGCCCUCAUAGCGGGCUCUAAGGUAUUGAUUCUGGACGAGCCCACCUCAGGCAUGGACUCCUCCUCCAGGAGGGCCAUCUGGGACCUUCUUCAGCAGCAGAAGGGUGACCGCACCGUCCUGCUGACCACUCACUUCAUGGACGAAGCUGACCUGCUGGGAGACCGCAUCGCCAUCUUGGCCAAGGGGGAGCUCCAGUGUUGCGGGACACCAUCAUUCCUCAAGCAGAAAUACGGUGCAGGGUAUUACAUGACUAUAAUAAAAACACCUCUCUGCGACACUGAGAAGCUCGCUAAAGUUAUUUACCACCACAUUCCGAAUGCAAUUUUGGAGUCCCGAAUUGGAGAAGAAAUGAUCUUCACACUUCCUAAGAAGGCCAUGCCCAGGUUCGAAGCUCUAUUCGCUGACCUGGAACAGAGACAGACAGAGCUGGGAAUCUCUACUUUUGGGGCCUCCGUCACCACUAUGGAGGAAGUGUUCAUACGAGUUUGUAAGUUGGCUGAUCCCAGCACAAAUGUCUUAACUGAGAAGCGACCCUCUCUCCGUCAUCUUCCCCGGAAUCACAGAGUUCCCGUUGACAGAAUUAAAUGUCUCCACUCAAGGAUCUUCUCAUUGAGCUCUGACCAGCCGAUAAGACUAAACACGGGGUUCUCUCUCCUGUGCCAACAAUUCUAUGCCAUGCUCCUGAAAAAGGUCGCGUUUUCUCGGCGCAACUGGAUGCUGGUGCUGUCUGUGCAGAUUCUGCUGCCUCUGGUGAUCAUUAUGUUAAGCCUCAGUUUUUUCAACUUCAAAUUAAGGAAGCUGGAUAACGUGCCCCUGGAGCUGACCUUGCAAACCUAUGGUCAGACCAUUGUUCCGUUUUUUAUUGCCGAGAACUCCCGCCUGGAUCCUCAGCUUUCAGAUAACUUUGUAAAAAUGCUCGUGGCUGCAGGACAGGUUCCUUUGCGUAUUCAAGGUUCUGUAGAGAACUUCCUACUGAAGAAGGCCAAGGAGGCUCCUGAGGACUUCGAUAAGCUCUACGUAGUGGCAGCUUCUUUCGAAGACGUAAAUGACCACACCACAGUGAAGGCGCUGUUCAACAACCAGGCCUACCACUCCCCCAGCCUGGCUCUGGCUCUGGUGGACAAUGUUCUCUUCAAGUUGCUUUCUGGUGCCAAUGCUUCCAUUACCACAACCAACUAUCCUCAGCCUCAGACAGCCAUGGAGCUCUCAGAGACUAUCCUGUACCAGGGCCCUAAAGGACACUACCUUGUGGUCAACUUCCUUUUUGGAAUAGCUUUUCUGUCAAGCUCUUUCUCCAUCUUGACGGUCGGAGAGAAGAGCAUUAAGUCCAAGAACCUCCAGUUCCUCAGCGGAGUCAGCAUGGCUGCGUUCUGGCUCUCCGCUCUGCUGUGGGACCUCAUCUCUUUCCUUGUUCCCACUCUGCUGCUGGUGUUGGUGUUUUUUUGGUACAAGGAAGAAGCUUUUGCACACCCCCAGAGCAUCCCGGCGGUGGUCUUGAUAAUGAUGCUGUACGGCUGGGCUAUCAUCCCUUUGGUCUACACAGUCAGUUUCUCUUUUAAAACCCCUGGUAGCGGGUGCGUGAAGCUCGUGGCAAUGCUCACCUUCCUGAGCAUCAGCCCUGUGGUCCUCGUCACUGUCACAAGUGAGAAAGACCUUGGCUACACAGAGCUCUCAGACACCUUGGAUCAUAUUUUCCUAAUAUUUCCUGGACAUUGCCUGGGAAUGGCCUUCUCCAACUUGUACUACAACUUUGAGAUAAAAAAGUUUUGCAAUGCUAAGAACUUGAGUGACAUUGACUGCAAUGAUGUUUUAGAAGGAUAUGUGGUCCAAAAGAACAUCUAUGCCUGGGAAUCUCUGGGGAUAGGAAAGUAUCUGACAGCCCUGGCCAUCUUGGGACCUGUGUACAUCACCCUGCUUUUCCUCACUGAAGCCAAUGCAUUCUGUGCACUGAAAGCCAGGCUCUCUGGCUUCUUUUGUAAGCAAAAAUUGAGGAUGCUCUUGAAUGUAACAGGGGCUGAAGAUGAAGACGUUCUAGAAGAGGCAGAAAACAUCAAGUAUCAUUUGGAUACACUGAUAAAGAAAAGUCCACUUGUCGUUAAAGAAUUGUCAAAGGUCUAUAAAGAGAAGGUGCCCCUGUUGGCUGUGAACAAGGUGUCCUUUGUCGUUAAAGAAAAAGAAUGCUUUGGCCUUCUUGGCCUCAAUGGAGCUGGGAAGACGUCCAUUUUCAACAUGCUGACCAGGGAGCAGCCCAUCACUUCAGGGGAUGCCUUUGUCAAGGGUUUCAACAUCAGGACUGACAUGGCGAAGGUGCAGCAGUGGAUUGGUUACUGUCCUGAGUUUGAUGCCCUGCUAAACUUCAUGACAGGAAGAGAGAUGCUUGUCAUGCAUGCCCGUAUCCGGGGCAUCCCCGAGUGCCACAUCAAAACCUGUGUGGACAUGAUCCUUGAGAACUUACUCAUGUGCGUGUAUGCAGACAAGCUGGUGAAGACCUAUAGUGACGGCAACAAGCGCGUGCUGAGCACCGCCAUCGCCCUCCUCGGAGAGCCCACGGUCAUCCUGCUAGACGAGCCAUCCACUGGCAUGGACCCUGUGGCUCGGCGCCUGGUGUGGGAUGCUGUGGGACGGGUCCGUGAGUCUGGCAAGACCAUCGUCAUCACCUCUCACAGUAUGGAGGAGUGUGAAGCCUUAUGUACCCGGCUGGCCAUCAUGGUACAGGGCCAGUUCAAGUGCCUGGGCAGCCCGCAGCACCUCAAGAGCAGGUUUGGCAGCGGCUACUCCCUGCAGGCCAAGGUCCGGAGGAAAUGGCAGCAGCAGAUGCUAGAGGAGUUCAAGGCAUUUGUGGACCUGACCUUCCCAGGCAGCAGUUUGGAGGACGAGCACCAAAGCAUGGUUCAGUACUACCUGCCGGGCCAAAACCUCAGCUGGGCCAAGGUGUUUGGCAUCAUGGAACAAGCCAAGAAGGAUUACGUGUUGGAAGAUUACUCCAUCAGCCAGUUAUCCCUGGAGGACAUCUUCCUGAGCUUCACCAGACCCGUGCCUGACACUAAAGAAAACAUCCAACAAGGGCAAGCUGCCCUAGACAGCUCCUUAUCACCCUCUAACUCUAGGCCUAUCUCAAGUCCUCCCUCAAGUCCUCCCUCAAGUCCUCCCUCAAGUCCUCCCUCACGACCUCCCUCACGUCCUUCUCAGCCUCCCUCACGUCCUCCCUCACGACAUCCCUCAAGUCCUUCUCAGCCUCCCUCACGUCCUCCCUCACGACAUCCCUCAAGUCCUUCUCAGCCUCCCUCAGAGCCUGUCCUUCUGUAAUAAAGAGCUUAGUGCAGGGUA